UGUCACUCGGAUCUGUCAUCUUUAGUUGGUGUGAUUUAUCGUUUAGCGGGGAGGAGUCAGGCAGCCAGGCUAGAAAAGGCGGGCAGAUCUGCGGCUUGCGGCAGACCACGGAGCGGAUCCAGCUCAGAGACAUCCCUGCACCGAAGUCUCGUCAACCGCCGCCGGACCUGCGCACGACUCAGUCGGGAGGACCGACACUCGUCCGAGAAGCGCCCGUCGCACCGUCACCAGCACUGUCUGUACCCGACCCUCGUCAGGAAAGUCAAGCAACACACAACUGUGAGCUACACGAUGGGCCCACGAGUGGCGGUACCCGUGGGGCUGCUGGUCCUACUCGCUCUCGCUGCUGGCGGGACGGCUCAAGCCACAAAAGGUUUCACCGUGAGGGCACAGUCGUACGCAUGGGAGGAUCCGGGUUUCCGGGAUGUCCCCUACAAUUCCAGAGAUCUCACCUACAUUGUCGUUGGCGGACAGAAGAGCAACAUUGAUGAAGGCCUUAAGCGAGGGCAUCAGGUGUUCAUUUUGAAUGAGCAGACCGGACAAGUUGUAAGCAAGGCUGCUUUCGACACCUGGGUCCAUGGCGACGCUGAGGCGGCGACAAAAAUGGCAACAUUUCUGGGAGGUGCUGCAGAGGGACGGAUCAUAGCUGUUGUUGUUCAUGACAGCGGCGACUUUACAGGAGGACUAUCCAGUGUAUUAGCACCAUACGGAUCUACAAUUACUUAUCUAGGGCGCAGAGAGUCCUACGCCAUGAUUACCCAGAAGGGACCAAAACCAUCUUGGUUCGUGGAGAAAAGGAGCGCUAAAGGUGCUGGACCAACUACUGUAGAGGCGUUUAUACCACCAGCCACAAAAGGUUUCACCGUGAGGGCACAGUCGUACGCAUGGGAGGAUCCGGGUUUCCGGGAUGUCCCCUACAAUUCCAGAGAUCUCACCUACAUUGUCGUUGGCGGACAGAAGAGAAACAUUGAUGAAGGCCUUAAGCGAGGGCAUCAGGUGUUCAUUUUGAAUGAGCAGACCGGACAAGUUGUAAGCAAGGCUGCUUUCGACACCUGGGUCCAUGGCGACGCUGAGGCGGCGACAAAAAUGGCAACCUUUCUGGGAGGUGCUGCAGAGGGACGGAUCAUAGUUGUCGUUGUUCAUGACAGCGGCGACUUUGCAGGAGGACUAUCCAGUGUAUUAGCACCAUACGGAUCUACAAUUACUUAUCUAGAUCUAGAAACCCGUCGAGUGUGUGAAGGUGGAAUAUUGACCAUCAGUUGUCCUGCUGGAAAAACUAUCAACAUCGUGUCUGCCAUGUACGGCCGGACCCAAGGCCCGGAGGUCUGCCCCCAUCCCACAAUCGGGAACACCAACUGCAUCAGCAAGACCAGCCUUUCCUACAUGCGGAGCAAAUGCCAGGGGAAGUCCCGCUGCUCUGUGGCGGCCGACAACGGCCGUUUCGGGGAUCCUUGUAUGCCGUUCACUUAUAAGUACCUGGAAGUCGAGUACACCUGCGGCGCCGGGAAACCUGACCGCCGCGGACUUGAAGACCACGAAGUCGACAGCAACAAAGAGCGGUAAGCUAUCAUCAAGAUGCCUCAUAGGCGUUACUAAACCUUGUCUGUAUUUCUAUUUCGGGAUACAGUUUUCCCAUUUAUCACAUCACUGUACCACAUCACUGUAGUACCUUCCCUCCCUGCCUCCCUCCCUC